AUGGAGGCACAAAAACUGACGGAACUGUUGCGCUCAACAAUUGACCCGAAUCCCGAGCAAAGGAAGGCGGCGGAGGACCAAUUGGAACAAAUACACAAAAUCAUCGGAUUUGUGCCAACAAUACUGCAAAUUGUUAUGCAAAACACAUUGGAACAGCCGGUUCGGCAGGCAGGAGUUGUAUAUAUGAAAAACCUAAUCAAUAAUAGCUGGUCCGAUCAUGAGGCAAAGCCAGGUGAACCGAUUCCUUUUUCGAUACAUGAACAGGAUCGUGCUAUGAUACGCGCUGCCAUUGUGGAUGCUAUUGUGCAUGCUCCAGAGCUUAUCAGAGUUCAAUUGGCUGUUUGUCUGAAUCACAUCAUUCGAAGCGACUUUCCCGGUCGCUGGCCCCAAGUAGUGGACAACAUUAGCAUCUACUUGCAAAAUUCCGAUGUAAAUGCUUGGAAUGGUGCGCUCAUUACUAUGUAUCAGUUAGUUAAAACAUACGAGUACAAGCGCUCUGAAGAGCGCUUACCACUUAACGAGGCCAUGAACCUGCUGUUGCCCAUGAUAUACCAACUGAUGGUCACAUUGCUUAAUGAUCAGUCGGAUCAAUCGUUGCUGCUACAGAAGCAAAUACUCAAGAUCUACUAUGCCCUGACACAGUACAGUCUGCCUUUGGAUCUGGUCACUAAUGAGGUGUUCUCACAGUGGAUGGAAAUUUGCCGCCAAAUUGCAGAUCGGCCUGUGCCCGAUUGCUCACACUUGGACGAGGAUGAGCGCACCGAGUUUCCCCAUUGGAAAACCAAGAAGUGGGCUCUCCACAUAAUGGUGCGCAUGUUCGAGCGCUAUGGCAGCCCUAGCAAUGUGGUGAGCGAUAAGUACCAAAAAUUCGCCGAAUGGUAUUUACCCACCUUCAGCGCUGGUGUUUUAGAAGUAAUGCUUAAAAUACUCGAUCAAUAUCGCAAUCGCGUUUACGUCUCGCCACGCGUGCUCACUGAUGUGUUAAACUAUUUGAAGAAUGCCGUCAGCCACGCCUUUACCUGGAAACUAAUAAAACCUCAUAUGGUCGCAGUCAUUCAAGAUGUCAUUUUUCCCAUUAUGUCGUUCACGGAUUCCGAUCAAGAGCUUUGGGAAACUGAUCCAUACGAAUACAUACGUCUAAAGUUCGACAUUUUCGAAGAUUAUGCCACACCUGUGCCGGCCGCCCAGUCGCUUCUUCAUUCCGUUUGCAAGAAACGCAAGGGUAUUCUGCCCAAGGCCAUGAAUACAAUUAUGCAGAUCAUUACCUCGCCUAAUGCCGACAACAAGCAGAAGGACGGUGCACUCCACAUGAUUGGCACGCUCGCAGACGUGUUACUCAAGAAGGCUAUGUAUCGCGACCAGGUCGAGUCCAUGCUCACCACCUAUGUAUUUCCUGAAUUCCAAAAUCCGGCGGGACAUAUGCGCGCGCGUGCUUGCUGGGUCUUACAUUACUUCUGCGAUGUGCAGAUCAAGAAUCCACAAGUGUUGGCCGAGAUUAUGCGUCUCACCACGAAUGCGCUGUUGACUGAGAAAGAGUUGCCGGUUAAGGUUGAAGCCGCUAUCGGUUUGCAAAUGUUCCUAUCGUCACAGGACGAUGCGCCGCAAUACGUUGAGGGUCAGAUUAAGGAUAUUACAAAGGAGCUGCUGACCAUUAUACGCGAAACUGAAAACGAAGAUUUGACAAAUGUUAUGCAGAAGAUAGUCUGCACCUUUACUGAGCAACUGCUGCCAGUGGCCACUGAGAUCUGUCAGCAUUUGGCCACCACUUUCAGUCAAGUACUGGAGUCGGAGGAGGGCACCGAUGAGAAAGCAAUUACAGCUAUGGGUCUUCUGAACACUAUAGAAACACUCUUAAGCGUCAUGGAGGAGCAUCCGGAAGUAUUGCUUAAUUUGCAUCCAAUUGUGAUCAAUGUUGUUGGUCACAUAUUCCAACAUAACAUUACAGAAUUUUAUGAAGAAACAUUUUCUCUCGUCUACGAUCUAACUUCGAAAUCCAUUUCACCGGAAAUGUGGCAAAUGCUUGAAUUAAUCUAUCAGGUGUUUAAGAAAGAUGGCAUCGAUUAUUUCAUAGAUAUUAUGCCGGCAUUGCAUAACUAUGUGACUAUAGAUACACCAGCUUUCCUAUCGAAUCCGAACCGUUUGCUGGCCAUACUCGAUAUGUGUAAAACUAUGCUGACUGGAAAUCCUGGUGAGGAUCCCGAAUGUCAUGCUGCCAAAUUGAUGGAGGUGAUUAUAUUGCAGUGCAAGGGACAAAUCGAUUCGGUGAUACACAUGUUUGUAGAGCUGGCUCUUUCGCGUUUGACACGCGAGGUGCAAUCAUCGGAGUUGCGAACGAUGUGCUUGCAAGUGGUCAUCGCUGCCCUGUACUACAAUCCUCAGCUGUUGCUCAGCAUUCUCGACAAGAUGUCGCAGCCAAACAACCAACCCAUAAGUUCGCAUUUCAUUAAGCAAUGGUUGCAUGAUACUGACUGUUUCUUGGGCAUUCACGAUCGCAAAUUGUGCGUCCUUGGCCUAUGCACAUUAAUCUCACUUGGUGAUGCUAAGCCACAGGUAUUGAGCGAAGUGGCCGGCGAAAUAGUGCCGUCGCUGAUAUUGUUAUUCGAUGGUUUGAAGCGAGCCUAUGAGUCACGUGCUCAGGAGGAGGAGGAGGAAGAAGAAGAGGAAGAUGGCGAAGAUUGCGAGGAAGCCCUAUCCAGCGAUGAGGAUGAAAUGGACGAAGUGGGCCCCAACUACUUGAACAAGUUAGCCGACUUCACCAAAACAAAGGCGGGUGAAGCCGGCUUUGAAGUGAAAGCUGAGAUCAAGGACGACGACGAAGAUUCAGAUGACGAAGCCGAUGAAUCCGUUAGUGAUCUAAACGAGACAGGUCUGGAAACCUUUACUACGCCCAUUGACGACGAAGAGAACGAUAGCGCCAUCGAUGAGUAUUGGACGUUUAAGGAAGUAAUAACUGCACUUUCUACACAAGAUCAGGCAUGGUAUGCUUUACUGACAUCAAAUCUUACGCCUGAACAAGCCAAAGCACUGCAAGAAGUGGUUGUAAUGGCCGACCAACGUAAAGCAGCUAAGGAAUCGAAACUGAUUGAAAAGCAAGGUGGCUUUGCCUUUCCUCAAACCACCGUACCCACAUCUUUUAAGUUCGGCUCUUAAUGUUAUCUACCGUCAAUACUGGGGACUGACCCUCUGACUUCGUUGUUUCUCAUACAUUGUAUUUUUCCAAGCUUGCUGGCCGGCACUUUUUGAUGGCUGUAAACCGUAUGGAUGGUUAAUUUUCGGACAUUCGUACACACAAAUGUAUGUGGCAUGCGACGGCUUAUGAAUGGGCGUACGAUCGGUUAAUACCUACAUAUAUUUAUUGUAGUUAUAUUUUUUAAAUCGUUUAAUUGGCAACUCUUGUGAACUAAAUUAUCUUACAUUAAGUUGAAUAGUACUUUUUAUAUCAUUGUAUGUAUUUAAAUAUUAUUUAGAAGCGGUCGUCUCAUAAGAGAUAUGGCAAAAAGCUAAACAAAGAUCAUACACACAGACUCCAACACAAAAAAGUCAGAGAGUGGAACUCAACGCUGAGCAUUUUACAUGUAUUGUCUUCACACACACGCACGAACACACAUAUACACAAUGUACUAGAUGGAACGAUAUUUUUGAAAAAAUAAAAAACAUUUUUAAAGUUUGA